UGCGCCACCUCACGCGACGGAAGGAGAAGGCGGCCGGAGCGAUGGCGGCGGAGGGCGAUGUCGAGCUGGAGCUGGAGGCGGAACCGAAUGGCUCGACGAGCGGAGGGGACGGCGCCGGGGGACGGCCGGCCGAAAAGCCGCGGAAGCACGACAGCGGCGCGGCUGACCUGGAGCGCGUCACCGACUACGCGGAGGAGAAGGAGAUCCAGAGCUCCAACCUGGAGACGGCUAUGUCUGUGAUAGGAGAUCGAAGAUCCAGAGAGCAGAAAGCAAAACAGGAGCGAGAGAAGGAACUAGCCAAAGUUACCAUCAAGAAAGAAGACUUGGAGCUGAUUAUGAAUGAGAUGGAGAUAUCCAGAGCAGCAGCAGAGCGCAGCUUACGAGAACACAUGGGAAAUGUAGUGGAGGCACUGAUCACUCUGACCAAUUGAGAGCUGACUUAUGGACUAAGGAGAUGACAGAACCUUGCAUUUCCCCAGCAUGUUGUGUACUGUACUCAACACCUUAAAUGUUACUCGAAUAAAGGUGGCAUUUUCCAACA